CAGCGUGGGGGCGUGGUCUAUCAAAGUUGUUGAAAAAAGUAUUGUUAAUAAAAAACAGUCACAACUCUCAUUAGAAAAAACGUCAAAUGAAAGCCAAAGUCUUCUGUUCGCUUACGCAAAGYAAAAUUCGUUUGUAAUGUCCGGAGCGGGGAUGCCCAAGUGUCCUGCCUCUGCGUCCAAGGGCUUCAGCUCGACCCCCGUCAAGACGAGCAACAAAGACUUCCAGAAAAACACAGGUUUGGAUGAUGGUGCUGUGCCCGACGACGAAGACACGUUUUCCCUGCUUUCUCCGAUCUACCACGACAGCUUUGACAGUGAUGAUGAAGAGGAGCUGGGAUCCGCUGCAUCUCAGCAGACUUCACCCAGGCUCAGCAGUGAUUCAAGACUUUCACCAGACAGGUCUGAGCUUCCAAAAACGCAUUUUAAGCAGAUCUUACCUGCACAGCCGGCUGCCUCACCUUCUCUCAGUGCGUGGGAAAUGUGGCUGUUAAACAAAACGAAAGAGGAUCGCCUUAAAAUAGAAAAGAAAGCUGAAGAGGAACGCUUACGAAAAGAAAAAAACGAACAGCAGGAAAGAGAGCGGCAGCAGAAAAGAAUCAUCACUGGCGAGAAGAUCCAAGUGUGGCUGARAGUUAAAAGGGAGCAGGAGAGGCACGAGCAUCUCUUAAAACAGAGGCAAGAGGAAGAGGAGAUGCAGAGGCAGCAGGAGAAGCAGAGGGAGAUCGAACUGAAAGCCCAGCAAAAAUACAACGACUGGUUGCAGAAGAAGAACCAAGAAAAAACAGAAAAGGAAAAGAAGGAGAAAGAGGAAGCUGCCCUGAAGGAGGAGCAGGAGAGGGAGCGCWGCCGGAGGGCAGAAGAAAAGUUUAAGGAGUGGCUGACGAAGGCCAAGGAAAAAGGCAGAGCUUGUCCCAAAUCGCCUCGCUACCCUACAAGUCCCUAUGACAAUUCAUACCCAGCACCCAGCUUCUACAACCCGGUCCCCUGGAAGCCGAUUCACGUUCCUCCUCCAGAAACAUCCCCAAACAAGGCGGCAGGCAAGAAACCUCCAAAGCAGAGGAAAAACCAUCAGAGCCCCUGCACUGACGUUAGACUCAGAAACCCUGUGAGUGCAGCACAUUGUCUGCAGAGGAGAUGACACCAACAGGUGGAGGUGAUACAKAGAGCUUCAGCAGUGAUGACACCAUGACUCAUCAACACCAGCUCAGCUCUGGAGCCAAAUCUCUGCUGAGUCAUGGAAAAGACUUGUGUUAUAGUAAAGACUGGCUAAUGUAUUAAUACUUUAGCUUGUCAUGUAUUUACACUGCAUUGCAAGAGAUUUUAUUAAACUGAUAUUUGAAUUUGC